UAUGCCGCCUGAAACAAGUUAAGGCACACCAUUAACGACACUUCCCUCUUAAUAAAAAUAAGACGGAACUAUGAGUCUGGAUAAAUACUUAGAGACAUCGCAGGACUAAACAAAGAGUAUGACAUUUUGGGAACUAGAAAACUAAUCAGUGGAUUUCCAUCUUUCUUAACUGAACCUCUUCAACUCUGAGGAUGCCGGUUUUGAAAAGGGAACAAGCAAGAGACAUGGGAGAUCCAAGCUGCCUCCCAAAGCUCCCAGUGCCACCCUUAAAACAAACACUGGACAUGUACCUGAAGUGCAUGGGUCACCUCAUACCUGAAGAGCAGUUCAAAAAGACAAAGGCGAUUGUAGAGAAAUUUGGAGCACCUGGCGGGAUGGGAGAAUUUCUUCAGAAAAAGUUACUGGAGAGAAGCAAACAUACAGCCAAUUGGGUGUAUGACUACUGGCUUGAAGACAUGUAUUUGAGCAACAGAUUAGCACUACCUGUCAAUUCCAGUCCUGUGAUGGUCUUUUCCAAGCAGAACUUCAGGAGUCAAAGUGACACCCUCAGAUUUGCUGCCAAUCUAAUUUCUGGCAUAUUAGAGUAUAAAUCUCUUAUAGAUGGAAAUGUCCUCCCUGUAGAGUAUGGUCGUGGGCAGCAGGCCGGAACACAACUGUGUAUGGAUCAGUACAUCAAGGUCUUCGCCUCCUACCGUCUGCCAGGGCCAAAAAUGGACACUUUAGUGGCUCAGAAGAGCACAGUUAUGCCCGAGCCUCAACAUAUGAUAGUGGCUUGUAAAAAUCAAGUAGUUUUUGUUCUCGACGUGGUGAUAAACUUUCGUCGAUUGAAUGAAAAAGACCUUUACACUCAGCUGGAGCGAAUCAGAGAGAUGUCAGACAUUGAAGAAGAGCGUCUGCCUCCGAUCGGUCUGCUCACAUCAGAUGGCAGAACACAGUGGGCCGAGGCUCGCAGUGUGCUGAUCAAAGAUUCUACCAACAGGGACUCUCUAGACAUGAUUGAGCGCUGUCUGUGUCUGGUGUGUUUGGACGAGCCGUCUGGCACUGAACUGAAUGAUACCAACCGAGCUUUACUGAUGCUCCACGGAGGGGGCACAGACAAAAAUGGGGGCAAUCGUUGGUAUGACAAGCCCAUGCAGUUUGUAAUAGGUGCAGAUGGAUGCUGUGGCGUUAUAUGUGAACACGCACCUUUCGAGGGAAUAGUGCUUGUGCAAUGUACAGAAUAUCUACUGAAAUACAUGAAAGGAAGCCCUUCUAAGCUGGUGAGGGCAGCCAGCAUAAGUGAGCUUCCUGCCCCCAGUCGACUGCGCUGGAAAUGCUCGCCAGAUAUCCAGACGUUUCUCACAGCCUCAGCAGAACAACUACAGAGGCUUGUGGAAAAUCUGGACAUGAAUGUCAGCAAAUUCACUGGUUAUGGCAAAGAGUUCAUCAAGAAACAGGAAAUGAGCCCUGAUGCUUAUGUUCAAGUUGCCCUCCAGUUAACAUUUUACAGAUGUCAUGGAUGUCUAGUACCAACCUAUGAAAGUGCAUCAAUACGCCGCUUCCAUGAAGGACGAGUUGACAACAUUCGCUCCUCCACACCUGAGGCCUUAGCAUUUGUGAAAGCUAUGGCAAAUAGCUCCAAAACCACUGGUGUUGAGAAAAUGAAGUUGCUUUGGACUGCCAUUGAAGCCCAAACCAAAUAUACAAUUCUAGCAAUCAAUGGGAUGGCAAUAGACAAUCACUUGCUGGGGCUGCGAGAGAUUGCCAAGGAGCUGAAACUAGAAAAGCCAGAGCUGUUUUGUGAUCCCACCUAUGCCACCAGCAUUCACUACAUUCUCUCUACAAGCCAGGUUCCUACCACUGAAGAGAUGUUCUGCUGCUAUGGUCCUGUUGUCCCUAAUGGCUACGGAGCCUGCUACAAUCCUCAGAUGGACCACAUCAUCUUCUGUGUGUCAAGCUUCUGUGACAGUGCCGAGACCAGCUCAGAUUUGUUUAUGAAGACUCUUGAGGGGUGCCUGAAGGAAAUGCAAGAUCUAUGCAUAAAAUGCAACACUGAAGCUAAACCAGCUGACUCUAUGAAAAGGAUGAACAGACCUACCAAGGUAAUGAAGAAUGGAAGCAAGUCAUAGCAAGAAGCUACAUCGUUUGAAUAAUAUGGAAGAUGCAGAAACCACAGAGACUGUACAAAGAUGGACGGGAGAAAAUAAGAGACUGAAAAACAAAGCAA